GUCGCCGGACGGUUAGAACUCGCGCUCUCCCAUUUGCUCUUUAUUUCCCCGUGUGUCAACACUAAUAGCGCGGCGAGCGUGUUGCAUGUGAACUUGUUGUGUACUGCCUAUGUGUGAAUGUGUGUGCUUCAUUUGUUCCGGCGGUGCUCAAAAAACGAGAUAUACGGUUGGUUCAAAUGCGAACGCUCUAACGGUCCGGUGCAAUAAUCGCAAAUCGGUGUGCACUUCGUUGUGCCAUCGCCAAUGUGAGGCCGUUGAACGAGUGUCAUCCACGCUAAUAAAUUGCAUUUCGGAUUCUUGAAACACUGCAAUCAUGGAGGAUGAUGAAUAUAAGAAGCUGCCACUGGAUGAGAGAUGUGUGCACAAACUAUGGAAAGCAAGAGUCAAUGGAUAUGAAGAAGUUACAAAACUAUUUCGGCAGAUUGAUGAUGAAAAAUCACCUGAGUUUGCAAAAUACCUAGGGUUGGUGAAAAAAUUUGUAACAGAUAGCAAUGCAAUGGGUCAAGAAAAAGGUUUGGAAGCAACUUUGGCAUUCGCAGAAAAUUACGCCAAUGCUGGCAAGACUGUUGGUGAAGUUAUGAGCGGUAUAGUGACAAAAUGCAUGGCUGGCCCGAAAACAAAGACGCGCGAACUAGCGCUGCAGGUAACGCUGACCUAUAUCGAAAUAGAAAAACAAGAUGCUGUUGUUGAGGAACUCCUUAAGGGGCUUGAGCUUAAAAACCCCAAAAUUGUGGCGGCCUGCAUUGUAGCACUCACCACUGCGUUACGCGAAUUCGGUUACAAAGUUAUUCAACUCAAGCCGGUCGUAAAGAAAAUUCCAGUAUUAUUUGCCGACCGUGAUAAGAACGUUCGAGAUGAGGCGCGCCUACUAGUCAUCGAAAUGUACCGAUGGAUCGGCGCCGCAUUGAAACCACAAUUAAGCACGCUGCAGCCGGUCCAAGUCACUGAAUUAGAAGCUGAGUUUGCUAAGAUUGAGGGGCAGAAAGCGGUACCGACACGAUACUUGCGCUCACAGCAGGAAAAACAAGCUAUACUAGCAGUGGAAGCUGCAGAAACUUGUGACGGCGAUGAUGAUGAAGAGGAUGAGGUGGACGAACCAAUUAAUCUUGAUCCGUAUGAGCUGGCUACUCCAGUGGACAUCCUUUCGAAGUUGCCCAAAGACUUCUAUGAUAAACUUGAGGCCAAAAAAUGGCAGGAGCGCAAAGAAGCUUUGGAAGCUCUUGAAAACCUAGUGAAAACCCCAAAGUUGGAAAAUGGAGAUUAUGGUGAUUUAGUCCGUGCCCUCAAGAAGAUGAUUCACAAAGAUAGCAACGUUGUGGUGGUUGCAUUGGCCGCGAAAUGCUUAAACGGCGUUGCCAACGGACUUAAGAAACGGUUUCAACCGUACUCGGGAGCAUGCAUUCCUGCGUUGUUGGAGAAAUUCAAGGAAAAGAAACAGAACGUUGUCGUGGCUCUACGAGAGACUAUUGAUACUAUUUAUUUGUCGGCGAAUUUAGAAAAUAUUCUGGAGGAUAUUAUCGAAGCAUUAGGUAACAAGAAUCCAUCAGUAAAAACAGAAACUUCACUUUUCCUGGCACGAGCAUUCACACGAACAGUACCUGCUGUAGUCAAUAAGAAAAUCUUGAAAGCAAUAACGGGCGCCUUGCUUAAAUUAAUGAAUGAGCCGGAUCCAGCAGUUCGUGAUGCCGCCGCAGAUGCCAUUGGCACAUUGAUGAAACUUGUUGGAGAACGAGCCGUUGCUCCGUUUAUUGUCGAAUUGGAAAAAGAUGCUAACAAAAUGGCAAAGAUACGUGAAUAUUGUGAGAAAGCUGUUAUUGUUGUAAAGGUUCCCGGCAUUAAAAAGGAAAAAACUAAAGUUGUUCCAAAGGCACAGAGUGCACCUACAUCAGCUGCGGCACCACCUAAGGCUCCUGCAAGGAGACCUGCCACAUCUGUCAAAAAACGACCAAAAACUGAAAUAUCCAGCGGGACAGCAACAAUUGUCAAGUCAAAAGGCAAAGUUGUAAAGGUACCAACUAAAGUAAUUGAGAAAGAACUGUCCGAUGAAGAAGUGGCUGAAAGUGUUGGUGAAUUAUUACCCGCUGAUGUUGUAAACGGCCUGGCUGAUCCUAACUGGAAGAACAGACUAAGCUCAGUUGAGUCAUUCUUAUCGGAGAUUCAAGGAAGGGAAGCAUUUUCUUUGCCCGUUCAAGCUUUGACGAAGACACUCUGUAAGAAACCUGGCCUCAAAGACACUAAUUUCCAAGUCUUAAAGGCAAGAUUAGAUGCAAUUAAGAUUCUAGCUGGUACUGGAAAGUUUUCUGUCACAAGUGCAUCAUUUUGCCUAAACGACAUUACCGAAAAAUUAGGCGACGCUAAAAAUGGCACUAGUGCUGGCGAAGCACUUACUGCCAUUGCUGAAGCUACAACUCUUAAUCAUGUUUCAACUAUCGUCUUCGAAUUUGCUCACACCCAGAAAAGUCCAAAAGUUUUACAAGAAACUCUUCUUUGGCUCGGGAACGCUAUAAAAGAAUUUGGUUUUGCUAACUUGAAUCCCAAGUUCAUAAUCGAAAAUGCCAAAAAAGCAUUAGCUUCUAAUAAUGCUCAAGUCCGCGGCGCAGCUAUAUCAUUGUUUGGCGUUCUCUUCCUUUACAUGGGUCAUAAUCUGCAAAUGUUCAUUGAGAAUGAGAAGCCAGCAUUGCGUGAGCAAAUCAACGCCGAAUUUGACAAAUAUGAAAACGAUAAACCACCAUCUCCCAUUCGUGGAGUUGUUAAAUCGGCAAGCAGCGAUAGUUUGGAUCCUGAUGUCGAAGAUGAUGAGGCAGGUGGAGAUGCGCCAGCUGUGAACGUGAUGGAUUUAUUACCGCGCUCAGAUAUUAGCGGGCAAAUUACUGAAGCGCUUAUUGUUGAAAUGACCGAUAAAAACUGGAAGGUGCGAAACGAGGCUCUAAUCAAGGUGGCUAACAUCAUAUCCGAAGCUAAACUUAUUAAGCCUAAUAUCGGCGAUCUGCCGCAAGCAUUAGCGCUGCGAUUGGUUGACAGUAACAGUAAAAUUGCACAAACAGCUUUAAGCAUCUGUGAAAGUAUCGCAACGGCCAUGGGACCGCCUUGUAAACAACAUGUUAGAACUUUAUUCCCUGGAUUCUUACAAGGUUUGGGUGAUUCCAAAGCUUGGAUAAGAACAGCUUCUGUUCAAUGCAUGAACACAUUUGCUGAUCAAGCUGGAUAUAAAGAGUUCUUUGAAGGUGAAAUGAUUCACGAUGCACUCAAGUCUGGCUCACCGACUCUACGAAGUGAAUUGUGGCUGUGGUUGUCUGAGAAACUCCCUAAAAUUAAACAAGUACCUAAAGAGGAAUUAAUCAUCUGUAUACCAUACCUCUAUGCAAACGUAGAAGAUCGUAAUGCAGAUGUGCGCAAAAACGCCAAUGAAGCUGUUCUCGGCGUGAUGAUUCACGUCGGAUACGAAGCAAUGGUUAAACAACUUGAGAAGGUCAAGCCUGCAUCGAAGAGUGUCAUUCAGGCACAACUGGAGAAGGUUCGACCCAAUUUGCCCGCAAAACCCGCACCUACUAAGAAACCAUCAGCAUCUGAGGAUAAAGUUGUUAGGUCAGGAGGAGCACGUCCAGCUACCACCACUAAAACAAUCACGAAACCAAUUAAGUCGGCUGUCGCUAAGCCAGUUGCACGGACUAAAAAGGAAGAUGACAUUGACACAUCUCCUCUCUUGGUAGUAAAUAAUCUCAAACAUCAGAGAACGAUUGAUGAAUCCAAAUUGAAAGUUUUAAAAUGGAACUUCACUACACCAAGGCAGGAGUUUGUCGAUUUAUUGCGCGACCAAAUGACCGCGGCGAAUGUAAACAAAACGUUGAUUGCGAAUAUGUUCCAUGCGGAUUUCAAGUAUCAUAUCAAGGCCAUUGAAUCGCUGAGCGAUGACAUGCAGGAUAAUGGCCAAGCUUUGAUUUCAAACUUGGAUUUGAUUUUGAAGUGGUUAACGCUGCGGUUUUUCGAUACAAAUCCAUCGGUAUUGCUCAAAGGUCUAGAGUAUCUUUCUGGUGUGUUUCAAAUGCUAAUCACAGAGCAAUAUCACCUUCUCGAGAAUGAAGCGACAUGCUUCAUACCAUAUUUGAUCACGAAAAUCGGCGAUCCGAAAGAUGCCGUCCGCAACGGCGUGAAAACUUUAAUCAAACAGUUGUGGUUAGUGUAUCCUGUAAACAAACUCUUUACCUAUUAUUUGAUGGAAGGUUUGAAGUCGAAGAAUGCUCGUCAGCGUGCCGAAUGCUUGGAAGCAAUGGCGCUUACUAUUGCUAAUCAUGGAUUAAAUAUUUGUAUACCAACACCCCAAGCGUGUUUAAAAGAAAUCGCAAAACAGUUGUCUGAUAGAGAUAACUCGGUGCGCAACGGCGCAUUGAACUGUGCAGUUCAGGCGUAUUACAUCGUUGGCGAAAAGAUCUUCAAAAUGGUUGGUAAUAUUUCCGACAAGGAUAUGUCUCUCUUAGAAGAACGCAUCAAACGUGCUAGCAAAAAGCCACCACCUCAACCUAUAAUGCAACCAUUGCAAACGACAAAAGUUAAUAAAAUCGACCUAACGCAAAAUAUCAAUAUUCCAACUCAGCUAACGCCUACAAACGACCAAUGCGAUGAUGAUGAGGAACUUAUGGAUGAUCAUGAGAAUGAUGAAGAGGAUGAAGAUAAUCUUCCUGAGGUUGCCCUGCCGUCACAAGUCGUCGAAAGGGAAUCAAAACGCAAUAUUCCGAAUCCAUAUCAGUUGGACUCGCAUAUUAUUCAAAAACUUGACAGUAUGCGCGAGGAAAUCCCAGCGAAAAGAGUUGAAGUGUUUGACUUGAAUUUCUUAAAGACGGAAGUGCUGGCACCUUCGCUGGAAGAUGCACGUGCAAGGGUUAUUCCUGUCUCACCUCCUAAACCUAUCUUGCCUACAGAAGUUCUCACGCAUACCAGACAAGCUAGCGCGAAAUCAUCCGAUGCAUUGGCGUUCGAGAGGCAUAUGCAAACAUUUGGUGGAACUAAUAUUGCCAAAGCAAUUGAGGCUGUGACACCUCUGGAGGAGAUUCUGAGGUCAAACAAAGGGAAUAUUUUGGCGGAUUAUGAAGACAAGUUCAUUACAGCUCUUUCACAUCAACUCUUCAACUUGCACGGGUAUGAUCCUGGUAAAAACACAGCGUGUGUGCGACUCUACAGAAACCUAUUGACGUUAUUUGAAUUGUUUUUCGCUCAUCCAAAAUUGGGUCGCAAAAUUACCACAAACACUAUCAAACUGAUAAUUAGCGAGUUUUUGAAACUUUUGGUCGAGGACAGACUUGACAACGUCCAGAACAAGGACUCUUACAUUAGAGUAUUGAAUCUUCAUUGCGUAAAGCUGAUUGAACGCGCUGAUCAUACCAAUUGUAUAUGUGCCCUGAUUCAGUUUCUGCAUGAAUGCGUCCGUUUCCAUGGCAGCUGCCGACUGACAGAUAUUGUGAUGAAGUGUUUGUGGCGCGUGAUUAAAAUCAUGCCGACUUGGGAAGACGACAUUGAUUGCGAUCGCGUUCUGCUAGAUAUUCACAAUUUCUUCAAGGAAUUCCCGACACUCUGGUGGAAGAACAAGCCGUCCGACACCCCGAUUCGCACCAUCAAAACGAUCUUACAUUCCAUCGCCAAGGUCAAAGGUGCAAGCCUCACGGAACAUUUGGCAAAUAUUCCAAAUAUAAAUGAUAGUGAACUAGAGAUGUUUAUUCACAAAAUGAUAAGAUCGCUAAAAUUGGAUGAAGUGAAACAGGUACCAUUAAAGACUGAAUCGCGCAAGAUGCUUCCGCGGUCGAGCCAUGCACAGCUGCAAGACAUCUUCCAGAAAAUCGGUAGCAAGGAAGAAACGAAGGAAGGCUUGAACCUUCUUUACGACUUCCUGCAACAGAACCCCGAGUCUGACAUCGAUCCGUUUCUUCAGCGGUCGAGCCAGUUCUUCCAGGAGUAUAUUCAGAAGAAUCUCAAAGAAAUCGAAAACGAACGCAAGAAUCCAACAUCUGUUCAGAGUUCAGUUGAGACCAACGGUAAUACGACCGUAGUCGCCGGCGACGCUAAAGAUCUGGAUUAUUACCGCCAACGAUUAGCGCAAUACAAAGAAACGUGGGACAAAAAGAACGCAAAUACGGAGUGAGCAAAGUCUCUAUUUACAAUCUGUUAAUAAUCUUUAUAGAGUAACAUUUGCUCAUUUUAUCUGAUUGUGAGUUUUAAUAUUUUAAAUGUGUUUUGUUUUUAUAUUUCUUUUUGUCAUUACAGCGGCUCUCUGCGCUGUAAUUUGAAGAUAUUAACUUAAAUUUUUACCGAAUAGCAAGUAAAACAUUAAUAUGUAUUGUAUGUAGACACAGUAGACACAGGGUAAAGAAGUUGUGCUAUAAUUUCUCUGGUUUGCAUUGAACCCUGUUUUGUUGUGUUAAGUUUUUAUGUACUGAAACAUUUGAUUGAAAUUUGAAACAAUUGCAUUGCAUAUACGAAUACAAUCUACUUAAUACAAAUAUGAUAAGCAUACAUGUGGAGAUAAAAUAAGGGAGAGACUUAAUGUAAGAAUGAGUAACUUAAUUAAUUGUAAAUAAUUAGUAAUAUCAUAACGAUUUACAACCGAAUGCGUUAUAGUUGUCAAGGAAAGCAAAAAUAUAAUAAUUGCAUUAUUUGCAUGAGAGUUUUGUAACAAAUAAUUGCAAGUAUUGUAUUUUUUAACUUCUAGAAUGAAGCACAGGGCUAUUUAAAAAAUCAUAGGUGCAUGCUUUACUCAUUGCUUUUAAUUAUUUAUUGCGAGCGCCAUUUUUACAUCGACAUAGUUUAAUAUUAACGUUCACUCAACACUCUUAAAAAUGCACGAUGAUCUAUAUGUUUCAAUAACUUUCAAUAGUAAAAUGGUUAUUCAGAUCAGUGUGACACUAUCAAGAAACGUGCGAAACUUGCAAUGCUUCUUAACAAAUAAUUAAUUGGACGUAGUAUAAUUUCGUGUCCAUUUUCAGUGUGCCUCAUACGCCUAAUAUUAAAGAAAUGUAGGCAUUCGGUAAUCAAAGCAAAGCAGGAAUUAGAAAAUGCAAAGUACUCGCAACCUUACACCUGCAUUCAUUGAUUAUUUGACUGAUUUAGAAAUUGAUGUAGGAGGAUAGACGAUAGCGAAUCAGCACGUUGGAAUUAUUUUGUGCGUUAUAAUAUUGUUGCUGUUUUUUCGGAAAUUGUGAGAACGUUUUUCAGCCGAUAAUGAAUUAGUGUGUAAGAGAGUAUAUUUUUUACCUUAACUGAGCAGAAACUGUAAAAUCUGCAGGCAAACAAUUUGUAGUCACACUUGUCCCUAUGGUUAACUUAUUCAUUAAUGUAAUUUAAACAUUUAAUUAAUGUCUAAUGCAAUUAGAAUUUUAACUAUGUAGAAUCGUAAUAGACAUCAUUUAUUCUGAGACAAAAUAUUUAAAUUUUCACAUUGUGGCGUAUAAGAAAUAAGAUAAUUUAAUUAUAUAUAAAAUAUUCAUUAAACUGUAUAAA